UGAAAAAAAUCUGAGCCACUUUUUAUGUGGCUUUCUUCCAUGUUACAACAAUCUUCUUCCAUAUCACUCCCUUUUGGACAGUGAAGCACCGUUGCUUGCCUAAUUUCCAAGCCUGAAAGAGAUUUUCUCAAGGCACACCACCUUCUAAAAGAGUAGGGAGACAUUUGCCCAAUUCGUUUCUUCUAUCUAGUCAUGGUGUGAACUCCUAAAGGCUCAAGCUCCUCCAUAAAUAGAGGAGGUUUGGGGUCGGUCCUUAUGCUUUCCUCUCUAGAAGUGAUCUGCCUUCUCCUUUUUCCGCCUCCUGUAGAUGCUGAUAAAUAGUGGGCAGUGGUCUCUCUCAAUACAGUUGUGGAGAAGGAAUAUUCUUGCUUCUCUUCUCUGUUUCAUAGAAACUUAAAAACUAUACAUCUCAUAAAGGCAUUCACAAUGAAGCCACUCUAAACUGCUCAAACCAAUCCAAAGAUCCAGGGAUGGCAACUGGGUCUGCCGGCUUCAAGGUAAUGCGCUCGAUUCGGUUGUUUGCUGUUUGUUUCUUGGUUGGUAUGUUUGCAACAACGGGAAGGGGUCAGAACAACACCAGCAACUCCUCAGUGCCUCCCGUGGUGAAUGUUGGUGCUCUUUUCACCUUCAAUUCUACUAUUGGAAGAGCAGCAACCCUGGCAAUCGAGUUUGCCGUCGAGGAUGUCAACAAGGACGCGAGCGUUCUUUCUGGGACUAAGUUGAAUGUGAUUAAACAGGACACAAAUUGCAGCGGGUUUCUAGGAACCAUAGAAGCCUUGCAGCUAAUGGAGAAAGAUGUGGUUGCUAUCAUAGGUCCCCAAUCCUCAGGGAUAGGCCAUGUCAUCUCCCAUGUCGUUAACGAACUUCAUGUUCCACUCUUAUCCUUUGCAGCGACAGAUCCAACUCUUUCUUCACUGGAAUAUCCAUAUUUCAUUCGAACAAUUCACAGUGACUAUUUCCAGAUGAAUGCGAUAGCCGAUAUUGUCCAAUAUUAUGGAUGGAGGAAGGUUACUGCCAUCUUUGUUGAUGAUGACUAUGGGCGGGGCGGGAUAUCAGCAUUAGGUGAUGCUCUUGCAAGCAGACGGGCUGAGAUCUCGUACAAAGCUGCCUUUCCUCCUGAUGCUGACAUAAAUAUGAUUAGUGACUUGUUGGUUAAAGUGAACCUAAUGGAAUCUCGGGUUUUCAUUGUGCAUGUGAACCCUGACUCUGGCUUGACAGUUUUUUCUAUCGCCAAAAAAAUGGGGAUGAUGAACAGUGGAUAUGUGUGGAUAGCCACCGAUUGGCUUGCUGCUAUUCUGGAUUCAACCAAACCUGUUGAUCCUAACACUAUGAGCCUUAUACAAGGGGUAGUGGUUCUUCAUCAACACACUGCAGAUUCGGAUCUCAAGACGAGGUUUAUAUCUAGAUGGAAUAACAAAAUUAAAAGCUCUAGUACUAGUUCGAGCUUGAACACUUAUGGGAUGUAUGCUUAUGAUUCAGUGUGGUUGGUUGCUCAUGCUAUUGACCAAUUCCUCAGGCAAGGAGGGGAAAUUGUUUUCUCUAAAGAUUCAAGAUUGCAUGAUGCAAAUGGAAGUACCUUGCACUUGGCAGCACUAAAAGGCUUUGGCGGAGGUGACCAAUUACUUGAGCAAUUGUUACUUGCCAAUUUUACAGGUCUAGCAGGUCAUAUUCAGUUUGAUUCUGAUAGGAACUUAAUCCAUCCAGCAUAUGAUAUUAUUAACAUUGGUGGGACAGGCUCACGGUUGAUAGGAUAUUGGUCUAAUUAUUCUCAUCUUUCAGUUGUUGCUCCUGAAAUUUUGUAUGGGAAGCCACCAAACAUUUCAACCAGUAGCCAGCAACUAUACAGUGUAAUAUGGCCUGGUGAAACCGCGAUGAAGCCACGUGGAUGGGUGUUCCCAAACAAUGGAAAACCUUUGAGAAUUGGAGUUCCUAACAAAGUUAGCUUCAAACAAUUUGUGUCGAAUAAUUCUGGUGCUGACAAUGUGAGUGGCUAUUGCAUUGAUGUAUUCAACAAUGCAAUUAAUCUGUUGCCCUACCCUGUUCCAUGCUCAUUUAUACUAAUCGGGGAUGGUUGGACAAAUCCAAAUUAUGAUGAACUUGUGAAUAUGGUUGCUCAAAAUUAUCUUGAUGCAACUGUAGGGGACAUUGCCAUCGUUAGAAAUAGAACAAGAAUUGUAGAUUUCACACAGCCAUAUGCUGAAUCAGGCCUAGUUAUAGUGGCUCCUGUCAAAAAGAUGAACUCAAGUGCUUGGGCUUUCCUGAAACCAUUUACAAUAGAGAUGUGGUGUGUCACCGGGGCCCUUUUUCUUUUCGUUGGAGCUGUUGUUUGGAUUCUUGAGCAUCGGAUGAACCAAGAUUUUCGUGGGUCACCAAGGCAACAACUUGUGACAAUAUGUUGGUUUAGUUUCUCGACAAUGUUCUUCGCUCACAGGGAAAACACUGUGAGCACCCUUGGACGGUUCGUGCUGAUCAUUUGGCUGUUUGUUGUACUAAUUAUCAACUCAAGCUACACUGCGAGCCUAACAUCAAUCCUCACAGUUCAACAGCUUUCCUCAGGGAUCGAAGGGCUUGACAGCUUGAUCUCAAGCUCCAACCCUAUUGGAUAUCAGGCUGGAAAAUUUGCAAGAAAUUACAUGAUAGAAGAACUUAAUAUUGCUCCAUCCCGUCUGGUACCUUUAAAUUCACCUGAAGAAUAUGCAAGAGCUCUUGAGCUGGGACCAAAAGGUGGUGGUGUUGCUGCAAUAGUAGAUGAAGUUCCAUAUGUUGAUAUCUUUUUGUCUAUGUAUUGCCAGUUUAAGAUAGUUGGUCAGGAGUUCACCAAAAAUGGAUGGGGAUUUGUCUUUCAGAAAAACUCUCCCCUUGCAGAGGACCUAUCAACUGCCAUCCUAACGUUGUCAGAGAAUGGAGAUCUCCAGAGAAUCCAUGAUAAAUGGUUAGCACAUAAAGGAUGCACUUUGCAGGCAACUGAAAUGGACACAAACCGGCUGAGCCUGCAGAGCUUCUGGGGCCUUUUCUUAAUAUGUGGUCUUGUAUGUUUCAUUGCUCUCUUGGUAUUCUUCACAAGAAUAUGUUGUCAGUAUAGCCAAUACAAUAGCACAGCAGAUGAGAAAUCCAAUGAGACCCAGACAUGUGACGAGCGUCAAGCCAGCUUAAGUAGCUUCAAUAGCUUUAAAGAUUUGAUUCACUUUGUUGAUAAAAAGGAAGAAGAAGUCAUGAGUGCUAUCAGAAGGAAAUCAAGUGAUAAAAAGAAUCAAACCUCUCAGAAUUAGGAUGGGCAACCACUGUUGCCUGUGCAGAAGUUAAUUUCAGGCCAAGUAGUAUGUAUGUCGUCCUGCUAGUUGUUGGUAUUUCCUUUUGAAUAUAAUUAUACACCGAAAAAGAAUGGAGCAAGUCUUUGGUGACCUAUAUUUGCUGAUAAACAGUUCCAAGUUGAAACCUUCGUGGCCAGAUAUCGCUUGCUUAACCGAGACCUGGAUAGCUUGUAUGCAAGAGUUCCGGUUGUUUUGAAAUUACUUACAGGAUUCCAACUGAAAUGUAAUUUUUUUUUUUCAUGGGCCAAUGAAUAGCAUUUGCAGAUUGUAUGGUUAUAAAAUGUACUCUAAUUGAUUAAAAAUAAACUUCUGGUUGUUAAUAAAGUGAAUGCGUCAUGAAACUAUC